GCGGAGUGAACGAACCCGGCGGCUCCUCCCACCGCAGUUCUGCGCUCGCCACGGCGCACGGCAGGUGGCUGCAGCGGCACCAGCACCAUGAUCGGCUACUUGAGCGAGGCAUGCGGGUUGGCAUGGUGGUGCUGGUCGUGGUCUUGCCAGCUGGUGGGCGCCGCCGCGCUGCUGGGGCUUGCCGCCUGGCUACUCACCAUCGCCCUCGACCUCUUCCACCCUCUGCGUCUGGUCGACCGCCUGCACCAGCGGGUCGUGCUCAUCACGGGCUGCGACUCCGGGUUCGGCGCGGGCCUGGCUCGGCGGCUGGACGCGCUGGGUGUGCCCGUGGUGGCGGGCUGCCUCUUCCCGGAGGGCCCUGGAGCCAAGCAGCUGGUCCAGCAGUGCUCCUCCAGGCUGCGCGUCCUGCCACUGGACGUCACCUCGGAGCAGCAGGUGCGCGAUGCCGUCUCCAGCAUCCGCGACAGCCUGGACGGCCGAGAGCUGUGGGCGCUGGUGAACAACGCCGGGGUGCUGGAGGCGGGGGAGGCGGAGCUGGCGCCCCCGGAGGCGUUCGAGCGCACGCUGGCCGUCAACGCGGUGGGCGUGGUGCGCGUCACGCAGGCCUGUCUGCCGCUCAUCCGGCAGGCCAAGGGCCGCAUCGUCACCGUCGCCAGUCCACUGGGCAGGACAGCAAUGCCGAUACUGUCCCCGUACUGCAUGUCCAAGAGUGCCGUCAUCUCGUACUGCGAUGCUCUGCGUGUCGAGAUGAAGAAGUGGGGCGUCUCCGUGUGCACGGUGGAGCCGUCCAGCUACAUGUCUGGUCUGAACAACCCCGACCAUUUCAAGACAACAGUUUCGAAGAACUUUCAGACGUGCCCACUAAGUGUGAGGGAGGCUUACGGACUUGAUUACGAAGAUAAGUGCACGAAAAGACUGUCUUUACUGACGAUCCUCGCAAAACAGCAUUCCUCUAUCGACGAAGUGAUCCACGAGCUCGUCGACGCCUGCAUCGGAAGAUACUCCCAGGUGCGGCGGAUUCCUGGACUGUGGGAGAGAGUUGUUUACGUGAUACUGCCACAGCUACCUUAUUACAUGAAGGACAUCAUUAUGUUCCUGGUUUUCCAGUGGAGAAUGACCGUAUCGCCUCAAGCGAAAAGCUCAGAGAACCAUAGCGAGACGCACUGAAAUUACUGAGGAAAACACUCUUCGCUUUCCUCCAUCUCUUACCGCUUUUUUCUAGUAUUUCGUCAGUGACCAACGCCUCCUUCUCGGUAGAAGGCUACAAUACAAAGGAUUGUGGCCUCAGUAAUCUUCUCGUGACGCAUUUAGACGGGAGGAAAGUGUGGAUAGCGUGAAUAGUGUCGAUAAUGGCCACUUGGAGCGUAGAUUUUACUCACACACAGGACGAAAGCCUACGUUACUCACUUCAAAUAACGUACGAUUAGUUAAAAAUAUGUUGAACCUCUUUUCACUUGCACCAUUUGUGACUAGUUCACGAAAUAAAGAUCAUUGGGGUAGACACCUAGGAUUAAUCACCGAAGUACAGACACUGAGUUUGUUUUCGAAUAGACCCAUGGUAUUUUUUCGUCAGAAGAGCAGAUCAUAAACGGCAAACUCAGUAAUUUAAUUUUUUUUUAAAUCUGACAUUGGAUAUGGUGAUUUCUGUGCUGUUACGGCCGUUAGAACUGCGAACCGGCCAGACGUUACUCUGUAAAUUUUUAUCAGAUCUGCAAAAGAGUUCUGUCACUGAAUUUGUAACUGCUUCUGGCGCAAAAAGAAUCUCGUGUCUAGACUUACUUAACUAAGUGUUGGUGACAGUUGUAUUUUUUUAAUAUGAUUUUCGGUAGCUUAUACAGUCACAAUUAAUCUACAAUCAAUUUUAUACAGCGCGUGAUAGAUUUUCUAAAAAGCCACCACUAAACUCAAUGCACUUUUCUACUCUCAGGAUAACAUGUUGCCUACCAGUUCUUAGAGCGUCCUUAGGUCCCUUUAUGGGGAAGUGGUAGGGGCGGUAGCAGCGUUCAAGAUUCGAUCUAGAAGUUCAUCUCGUUUAUCUGUCUCUUUUUUCUAUACUUUUCUUCUUCACAAAGCAUAGUAACAAAACAGAAAAUGUGUUGGUUGGAUGCUAUCUCAUGCGUAUGGUAGAGUGUGUAAGAUAUGUAAGUGCGUUUCAUUUAUUAUGACUAAUGAAGCGUAUUUGCCUAUAAUUGAAAGAAAUCAUGAUGUGUCAUUCCUCCCUCGAAAAUAACAUGACCAUUAACGAAAAAUACGGUAUUGCAGUGUCUGUGUUAUUCUGAAUUAUGAUGCAAGGUUCCUUUGGAAAUGCAUGCAUAUCCAAAAGAACAGCCACUGCGGCGACUACAGCUGUCAUGAAAUACACGAAAUGUAAUGUCGAAUAUGGACAACCAUCAACAGUAUAAAGGAAUGACGACAAGGAAAAUUUGUGCCGGACCUGGAUGCGAACCCCCAUUUUCCGCUUAUCGCUAGCAGUCGCCUUACCAUUUGGCUAACCGAACACGACUCACGGUCACAUCCAAACUUCCAUAUGCCGCCAACCAUGUGUCUACAACCAUUACUCCUAUAUCCAUUAUGUAUAUUCCCACACAGGGGAAACGUUUUACUUGAAUGUCACGCUGCACGGGAAUAUACAUAAUGGAUGUACGAGCACCGGUUGUAGACACAUGGUUGGCGGCAUAUGGAAGUUUGGGUCUGGUUGUGAGUUGUGCUUGGAUAGCCGAAUGGUAAGGUUACUUGAUUUGAGGGAGGGGACCAAACAGUGAGGUCAUCGGUCCCAUCAGCUUAGGAAAGUAUGGGGAAGGAAGUUUGCCGUGCCCUGUCGAUGAAACCAUCCCGGCAUUUGCCUGAAGCGAUUUAGGGAAAUCACGAAAGACCUAAAUCAGGAUGGUCGGACGCGGGUUUGAACCGUCGUCCUCCCGAAUAGAAGUCCAGUGUGCUACCCACUGCACCACCUCGCUCGGUGCCAAAGUGGGAAAAUGCAGGUUCGAGUCCCGGCCCGGCACAACCUUUCACUGUCGUCAUUCCAUUACACAGCUGACGGUUGCCCGUCCAUAUUCGCAACCCCGAAUGUUUUUCAUAUAUUAACGACAAGCAUCAGUGUGCAUGAAGUGCGUUCUGUCUCGGAAAUCUUUCGUAAUAGAACAUUUUUGCUUCGAAAGAACAUUUCCUUCUUUCAUACCCCGUGUAAGUCAAAUUCUAAGGUACUAUGUCUCAGUCUGCCAGAAGAUAUUUUUCUGUGUGUAAACCAACCUUUAGGAAACGGGAAAUGCUGUAUUUGUUAUUUUUAUCUCUUUCGUUGUAAACUUUCUACUUUUAGGGCAGAAAAAGAUUGCAAACCUGUGGGUAAUGGUUUCCAAUCUGCCAACAUUAACAUAAGAAAAUAGGAACUGGAUUAGUGCCGUAUUCUUAUUUUGGGCACAACAAUUGUCUGAGGAUAUGAACAGAUGUCUAAUAUCCCCAUCAGUAUAUUCUCAAAGUAAUGAUUCAGAAAGCUGACUACCUCAUUUGCCCUUUUCUUUCCAGUGGAUUCGUCAUUCUUACAAAACUGCACUGUCUAAUUCUUGGGUCCAUGAACACAGAAGUUAUACACUCGAAGUUGCCGACUGUACAGGGCAUCAGUAGAUGAUACCUUGGGCAGUGGUAUGUUCUACAGUUCGUCAAUACACAGUGUUUCGACAGUAAGCUCCUCCCGUGCGUCUGCAGUUCCUGUAGAAACAAUCAGCUUUUCUAAGACGCAACUCUUCCUCAGUUAUAAGUUGCUUCUUUUCUUCUUCAAAUGCAGUACUUCUCACUUGAUUUGCUAUUGAUUUGAAAGUACCUGUAGUAGAAAUCAUCCGAGACAAUAGGUUUAUAGCUCUUACCCUCUACGUUCAAAAUAUGCUGGUCUCGCUCAUAUUUCUCCAAAUACAUCUGGUAUAUCCUGCUCAAAUUUAACUCAGGAGACAAACAACAUUUAUUACUCUGCUUCCUGCAGUAGUGGGAUGAACAUUUCGGAGAACUUUUAAUGUUAAUGAUUUCUGGGAUGACAUUGGUCCUGGUUUCAUGUUUUCCUCUCUUGUCCUGUGGACGAGUAAUGUCUGCUGCUAUGUAACUUACAAUGCACUCUACACGCUUUUUGCUGAUUUCAUAUAUUAUACUGAAUCUAUCUUGCAUAGCUUAAAUUCCUUUGGUCCCAUCCUAACCUAAAGAGAAGCAAUAUAGUAUGAAACUCCACUACCCUACAUAGCAACAUAUAAACAUACAUUUCUGAAAGUGUUGCAUUUCACACGUACCUUAUACUCGAAACCGCUAGUUCGACAAGUCCUUGACCCUGUUGUUGGUCCGUGUUUCACGACACUAGACAACGUUAUUAAGUAACUUCAGUACGACUCUCAUUGUUCUUGAUUUUCUAUUUCACCGAAAUAUGUUAAGAUAGUUUCUCGUGAUGUGUAAGUUUCGACAAGCAGUUCCCUUGCAUUUGCAGGCUUUAUCAGUCUUCCUGCUUGUUACAAUUUUUCCUGCAACUCCUCUAUAUUCUUUACCCCUAGCACAUUUCAACUUCCUGAGAUUCCUUUUCCAGCUCGAUGGGUUUCUAAAUCGCUUUCGACCAUUUUGACAACUCACAUUUGUAUUUUCCUGUAAAGAUUCACUUCCUGUAUCAUUACAGGGGUUACAGUCACUGCCUGACUCGGCACUAGGUUCACUCACAUCACUAUCGUCCGCCUUUUCUCCAACUAACAAAUGGAGAAAUCAAAGCUACAUGUACCAGAGCCGGCAUGUGCUUCUCCCUACCGAGCGACGGCUCAACCGCUCUGGGGAAGAGAGAGGUACAUCCUGGAGGUGCCGCUCUCCUGCCCCUAAUGCAAAAGGGUAAAGUUUCAAUCACCUGUAUUACCAUCAGUUUCCAGUGGACCCCCUCAAUCCUGCAUCAAAGAUGCAACUAAUUUUACUGCACACAUAGGUGCGAUGAACAGUUUUUCGUGAAUUUUGGAAUUACCCCCCUCUUGCACCAAACUCUUCAAUUGUUGCCCUCUCCAGCCUGAAAAUGAUUUAAGCAAUAUCCAGAGAGACACGAUAAAAAUAGGGAAACAGUGGCGACUCUGGAACAAAUAUACACACUGGCUGUUGCUCGGAACCUGUCAGGUGGAGGCUAUAAGCCGCAUAGCUACACUAAACUUUAUCACAAGAUACUCCCCCCACCCACUCUUAUCGGUCAUGUGAAAAGCCACAUCCUCCCUCCUUCCCGCCUCUCCAUCCAGCCUAGUAUUUUAGAGGGCAACAAAAUAAGGCACCCAAUUAAACUGCAGCUGCAAGACUACGUAAACUUCACUUGAAUUGUGGAAAAAUUCCGCCAUGUUCAAAGAUAGUUGGCUCUGAAUUAGGUAUAUUGGCGCCAGCACACACACACACACACACACACACACACACACACACAACUGAAUUUUGUGUUAUGUUUAAAAACGUAUUUAUAUGAAUUUUUUGCACCAGUUUCAAAAUAGGAUAAGUACAUAAGCUUUGUCGUAACUAUAAAUCAGGGUAAUGCGUUAUGAACUUCAGUGCAAGAAUUGGCUGGAUGAGUGAGAGAGAGAGAGAGAGCCAGAGACCGAGAAACGAGAGGGUGGGGGGGGGGGGGGGGAGGAGAAACAUUGAGCUAGUGCAAGAGAGAUGGCUCCUCAUAUAUUCAGUGACAGUGUAUGAUUAAUGCGCCUAGCUGGCUGCUAAGAUGUAACACAAGUCAGCUCUUCUUGUUCUGAUGUUAUGUACCAUAUCUUUCUAUAUUUCUGUAAUGCUGCAUGAAGCACAAACAGACUUGCAUACAGGUAUUACAGAAGGAAUGGGGGGCAAAACCCAAACAAACAAAUUGUAGAUAUAAAUGUUAUAUUUUUUUAGAUUUUCUAAUAAUAAAUCACAAGAGUUUAGUUGUA